AGGAUUCCUUCCCUUUCUUUCCCCAUUCCCCCUUAAGACGAACCAGGAAGCAACCGCAGGAAUCGGGCCACCUUAACAGUAGAGUAAUGGUUUGGCCUCAUGCCAAGUCCCACCUCUGUUCCAGCUCCUGCUCCUCCCCUCUCUCUUCCCGCACUGCUUGGGGAGAGCUGGUGAGCAGGAGUCUGGCCCGAGUUAGCUAGAGCUGUUGCCAUGACAAGCAUUUUCUUAAGAAAGCUCUGCUGUUGAGAUUGUCCAACGCUGGGGGCUGGGAGGGGGGCACGAACUUCCUGGGCAACCAUCCCUCUGAAGAGAGCAAGAUCAGAGACACCCGUCCAGCUCUCCUGCACCCUUUUUCUUUCAGGAACCUGAGAGGUCCUUCCCAUUGGAAGGGCAGGGGGAGGAGACCCAGCCCACUCCCCGGCCUUAGCCGGAAAGGCAAGAGAGCAAAGCCAGCGUCUCCAGCUUGGUUGCCACACUGGGGAGACUGGUGGGUGGUCACCCCACCCUACCCCCAUCCAUGGAAACCCGGAGGGAGAGUCCCACUUGGAGAAACCUGGAUCUUUGCUAGAAAGAGAGAGAUCCGGUUGUCAUCAGUAUCCAGGAAGCUCUCCUCUUCCUCCUCCUGAUGCCUCUCUACCACUACAGUUGCUGGUUGUUGCUAAGGUUGCUGCCAUGGUAACAUGCACAUCCUGUUUACACUUUCAUCUGGGCAAGUUGGUCUAAGCUAGGAACCUACCUAUCCUGGACAACCACUAUCAUCACCACCUGGGGACACCAAUCAACGUGACACGGAGUCCACCUUCCACUCAGUUCCCCCAUCCUCUUCCUCCUCUCGCUGCCAGAUUUCAUACAGAAGAAAGGAUCUAGACUUCGGACAGCUACUCGGGAGCUUAUUGCACAAGAUACAUUCGAUCUGUUCCCUCACUGGGCCCCCAGAGAAGCAAGAAGUAGGAAGAAGUUGAGACAGGAAGGCAGGAGACACUGGUCAGUUGAAGGGAAACACUACAUCUUCUCUGGUUGAGGGGCUUGGUAACAACAGGCAAAAUGACGAACCCAUCAGACCGUGUCUUGCCUGCCAACUCGAUGGCCGAGAGCCGUGAAGGGGACUUUGGCUGCACAGUAAUGGAACUGAGGAAGCUCAUGGAGCUGCGUUCGAGGGAUGCUCUGACCCAGAUUAACGUCCACUAUGGAGGUGUACAGAAUCUCUGCAGUAGACUGAAAACCUCCCCUGUGGAAGGUCUAUCUGGGAACCCUGCAGAUCUGGAGAAACGUAGGCAGGUGUUCGGACACAACGUGAUCCCCCCCAAAAAGCCCAAAACCUUCUUAGAAUUAGUGUGGGAAGCCCUUCAAGAUGUCACACUCAUCAUCCUGGAGAUUGCAGCCAUCAUCUCCCUGGUCCUGUCCUUUUAUCGCCCUGCUGGUGAAGAAAAUGAACUGUGUGGUCAAGUUGCAAGUACCCCAGAAGAUGAAAGUGAGGCACAAGCUGGCUGGAUUGAGGGGGCAGCCAUCCUUUUCUCAGUGAUCAUCGUGGUGUUAGUGACUGCCUUUAAUGAUUGGAGCAAAGAGAAGCAAUUCCGGGGGCUGCAGAACCGCAUUGAACAGGAGCAAAAGUUCUCCAUCAUCCGAAAUGGUCAACUCAUCCAGCUCCCUGUGGCUGAGAUUGUGGUCGGUGAUAUUGCCCAAGUCAAAUACGGUGAUCUGCUGCCUGCAGAUGGGAUCCUGAUCCAAGGGAAUGAUCUGAAGAUUGAUGAGAGCUCUCUGACAGGGGAAUCCGAUCAUGUCAAGAAGUCCCUGGACAAAGACCCCAUGUUGCUUUCAGGGACCCAUGUCAUGGAAGGUUCUGGCCGGAUGGUGGUGACGGCUGUUGGUGUCAACUCUCAGACUGGAAUCAUCCUUACUCUCUUGGGGGUCAAUGAGGAUGACGAAGGGGAGAAGAAGAAGAAAGGUAAAAAGCAAGGAGUCCCUGAAAAUCGCAACAAAGCAAAGACCCAAGACGGAGUGGCCCUGGAAAUCCAGCCACUCAAUAGCCAGGAGGGAAUCGACAAUGAGGAAAAAGACAAGAAGGCAGUCAAGGUGCCUAAAAAGGAGAAGUCAGUGCUGCAGGGCAAGCUGACUCGCCUGGCUGUUCAGAUUGGGAAAGCUGGUCUGCUCAUGUCUGCUCUCACAGUUUUCAUCCUGAUUCUAUACUUCGUGAUUGACAACUUUGUGAUAAAUCGCAGACCAUGGCUCCCUGAGUGUACUCCCAUCUACAUCCAGUACUUUGUCAAGUUCUUCAUCAUCGGCGUCACUGUACUGGUGGUGGCUGUGCCAGAGGGGCUGCCUCUGGCUGUCACCAUCUCACUGGCCUACUCUGUGAAGAAAAUGAUGAAAGACAAUAACCUGGUGCGGCACUUGGAUGCUUGUGAGACCAUGGGCAAUGCCACCGCCAUCUGCUCUGAUAAGACGGGCACGUUGACCAUGAACCGAAUGACUGUGGUACAAGCUUAUAUUGGGGGCAUCCAUUACCGUCAAAUCCCAAGCCCUGAUGUCUUCCUGCCCAAAGUCCUGGACCUCAUUGUCAAUGGCAUUUCUAUCAACAGUGCUUAUACCUCCAAGAUUCUGCCUCCAGAGAAGGAGGGAGGCCUGCCUCGGCAGGUGGGAAACAAGACCGAGUGUGCCCUGCUAGGCUUUGUCACAGAUCUGAAGCAGGAUUACCAGGCUGUGCGUAAUGAAGUGCCCGAGGAGAAGCUCUACAAAGUGUACACCUUCAACUCAGUGCGCAAGUCAAUGAGCACCGUCAUCAGGAAUCCCAGCGGUGGCUUCCGUAUGUACAGCAAGGGCGCCUCUGAGAUCAUCUUGCGCAAGUGUAAUCGAAUCCUGGACCGGAAAGGGGAAGCAGUGCCAUUCAGGAAUAAAGACAGAGAUGAUAUGAUACGCACUGUCAUCGAGCCCAUGGCCUGUGAUGGACUCCGGACUAUCUGCAUAGCUUACCGGGAUUUCAAUGACGCAGAGCCCUCUUGGGACAAUGAGAAUGAGAUCCUCACUGAACUGACCUGUAUCGCAGUGGUGGGCAUUGAGGACCCUGUGCGCCCAGAGGUGCCAGAUGCUAUUGCCAAAUGCAAACAAGCUGGCAUUACUGUCAGAAUGGUGACAGGUGACAACAUCAACACAGCCCGGGCCAUUGCCACCAAAUGUGGCAUUCUGACACCUGGGGAUGACUUCCUGUGCUUAGAAGGCAAAGAAUUCAACCGGCUCAUCCGCAACGAGAAAGGCGAGGUAGAGCAAGAAAAGCUGGACAAGAUCUGGCCUAAGCUUCGGGUCCUGGCGCGAUCUUCUCCCACUGACAAGCACACUCUGGUGAAAGGCAUCAUUGACAGCACUGUUGGGGAACAGCGGCAGGUUGUGGCUGUCACUGGUGAUGGCACAAAUGACGGACCUGCUCUGAAGAAAGCGGAUGUUGGUUUUGCCAUGGGCAUCGCAGGCACAGAUGUAGCAAAGGAGGCUUCAGACAUCAUCCUAACAGAUGACAACUUCACUAGCAUUGUGAAGGCAGUGAUGUGGGGACGAAACGUCUAUGACAGCAUCUCCAAGUUCCUGCAGUUCCAACUCACUGUCAACGUGGUGGCCGUGAUUGUAGCCUUUGCUGGAGCCUGUAUCACUCAGGAUUCCCCACUGAAAGCUGUGCAGAUGUUAUGGGUUAAUCUAAUCAUGGACACUUUUGCUUCAUUGGCCCUGGCCACAGAGCCCCCUACGGAAUCUCUGUUGAAGCGGCGCCCCUAUGGCCGAAAUAAGCCUCUGAUCUCACGCACUAUGAUGAAGAACAUCUUGGGCCAUGCGUUCUAUCAGCUCCUUGUCAUCUUUAUCCUUGUCUUUGCGGGUGAGAAAUUCUUUGAUAUUGAUAGUGGGAGGAAGGCACCUCUACAUUCACCACCCACCCAGCACUAUACCAUUGUUUUUAACACCUUCGUGCUGAUGCAGCUCUUCAAUGAAAUCAACUCCCGAAAGAUCCACGGAGAGAAGAACGUCUUUUCAGGCAUCUACCGCAACAUCAUCUUCUGCUCUGUAGUCUUGGGCACAUUCAUCUGCCAGAUUUUCAUCGUGGAAUUUGGGGGUAAACCCUUCAGUUGUACAAGCCUCAGCCUGUCCCAGUGGUUGUGGUGUCUCUUCAUUGGGAUUGGAGAACUUCUUUGGGGCCAGUUCAUCUCCGCAAUACCUACCCGCUCCCUGAAGUUCCUGAAGGAGGCUGGGCAUGGCACCACCAAAGAGGAGAUCACCAAGGAUGCUGAGGGGCUGGAUGAGAUUGACCAUGCUGAGAUGGAGCUGCGCCGAGGCCAGAUCCUCUGGUUCCGGGGCCUGAACCGUAUCCAGACUCAGAUCGACGUAAUUAACACAUUCCAGACGGGAGCCUCUUUUAAGGGAGUCCUAAGGCGACAGAACAUGGGUCAACACCUUGAUGUAAAACUUGUUCCUAGUUCAUCCUAUGUAGCAGUUGCACCAGUCAAAUCUUCCCCCACCACUUCUGUUCCUGCUGUUUCAUCUCCUCCUAUGGGCAAUCAAAGUGGUCAAAGCGUUCCAUAGUUCCCUCCACGAAACCAUUCAGAAACCCUACAACCAAAACUCCAUCCACAACUUCAUGACCCACCCUGAAUUCGCCAUAGAUGAGGAGUUGCCGCGAACACCACUCCUGGAUAAGGAAGAGGAGGAAAAUCCUGACAAGGCUUCUAAGUUUGGGACUGGGGUGCUCCUGUUGGAUGGUGAGGUCACUCCAUACGCCAAUACAAACAACAAUGCAGUGGACUGCAACCAAGCGCAGCUCCCACAGUCGGACAGCUCUCUACAGAGCCUAGAGACAUCGGUUUGAAUUUUCUUUCUCUGACUCUCAUCCCUAUUUUCCCUAUUUCCAUUUUCGCCUGUCGCAUCUAUGAGGUGAUGAUGGGACUUUUCAUCGUCAUGUCAACUGCUGUGUAAACAGCAGUGUGUGUGAACCCCCACCUGACCACGAAGAGGCAAGAGCACAGACUUACAAGGAUUUCAACUUAACUUCGACUUGGGGUUUGCAGCGGGGCCCAGUCAAACCCCAGGCAGGUCAUGGUAGAAUUUACUCCUUGAUAGUCACUUGUCAUUUUUAAAGAAAUGAUGACAAUCCUCUUGGCAUCACCCCACCCCACAUUCUCCCCUGAUGUUCAUCUCCUGAAUUCUGGAUUUUGUCCUAAAAGUCUGUGCCAUUUAUAAGCUAAGUUGAGGGUUCAGAGGGAGACAAAUAUCCCCAAGUGAAAUAUGUUGAGGUAGAGAUGGAAUGUCUAAAAUCCGCCAGUAGUAUGAUUGUUUUUCAAUUCUCCCACUUUGAAAACUUACACCUAAAGGCCUAUAGGCCUCUAACUCUUUCUGCCCUUCCAGUCAAACCUCUCCAAGGUUCUUUUUUGUCUUUGUCUUCCCUUCCUUUCCUUUUUUUUUUUUUUUUUUUAAUGAUGAUUAAGAAAAUGGAAAGGAUAUGGGUGAAUUGCAUAAACUUUGAUCCUUCUCCCUUUUGGCCCAAAAGAACCCUUGAUUUAGUUCUAGAAUCCAACCAGUUUCUUUGUUAAAAGGGUCCCUUUGAAGCAAUUAAGUGCUGGUAAGAAUAUUUCUCAGUUGUUGCCAGGUUACCUUGUGCUUUUAAACUGCCAUCUUGUCAGGUAUAUGUGGUUCUUAAGUGCCAGGGAGAUCAGCCUUGCCCAUGGAGGUUGCAUAUGUGUGGUAUAUAUUCAACCCCGCCUCCUUACUGGGCUUGAAUAUUGAGGGCCAGCCACUGCCAAAUCGAGGACAAGACAGACCAUCAAAGCAGACUUUUGUGGGCUCCUCUUUGGGGUGACCACUGCUUUCAAAGCCAUCUGCCAAGGCUCUCCAGGGCAGGACCUGACAGGUGGGGAACGAGUGUUCAGAAGCCUUGGGAGAGGCCAAAGAGCCAUUCUAGUAUGAUCUGAGAAAACCUUCCUGCAGGGGCCGGAAACCUUGAGCUGUGGUGCCUGGGGACCAGCUUCGACAUUCUCUCCAGUUUCUAAUUCUAGUUUUUGCACGUGUCACAACUUUCCCAGUAUCUGAGAAGGUCCCAGCUUUUCUCAAAUAUUCUGAUUUUGAAAAUAUAUAUCCAAAGUGGGAGGCCCCUGUGACAUUUUGCCGACUUAAAGGAGCAAAAGACCCCCCCCCAGCACACUCCCCCUUCCUCCAGCCCCUCUUCAGCCACAUGCUGCAGCUGCUGCCCAGUAAAGCCCUGUGCCUUUUUUUCCCUGAAUAUUGCCCAAAGCAUCCCCUUCCCCUCUGCCUCUCAGGAGUUGGGGACUUUGCUAGGAGAUUUUUUAAGUGUUCCUUACUGGGACAAGGUGGAGCCACAUUUACAGGAGCUCCAUUUGUAUCCCUGCUGGUGUUGACUUCUGUGCAGGGGCCAGUUAAGCCCACCCGCCUCUUUCUAGAGUGAUGAGAGUCAAGAAGAGGGGACAUAUGAACAGCCAAAUUCCCAUGCGAGAGGAAGAUGACCUGAUCCACCUAGCCUUUUCUUCCGGAUCUGUCCUCCCUCACCCCUUUCACCUGAGCUGUCCACAGUAGGAAACAUAGAGAAACAAUACCCCCUGCAUAUCCCCAUGACUACAUAAUCCAUCAUCGUAGGAAAUAGGAAAGCAAAUUUGAUUCUGGUUUUGUAAAAUGUACAUGCUUCAAUAAUUCUUCUUUGUGUCUUAAAUACUCAUAGGGAAAAAAACAGCUCACCCAAGGUGUUAGGUGUUCACAUAUAUAUUCAUCAACUACUUUAGAAGAUUUAAUUCUAUCAAGUCUUGUAUUACCUCAGAUCAUUUUAAAUAGCAAGCCAAUAACAAGGUUUGAAGGCUAUUUUACCAUUCCUGUUUGCAAAAGACUCUCAUGGUACCUGACAGGUUACUCUUGAGAGCUUGUGUCUACUUUUUAAAAGUCAAUGGUUUUUUUCUUGUGUUCUAGUUUCCAUAAUAGGAGAGAAAAUAUAGAAAUAUAUGCAAAAAUAUAUAGUUUUCUUUAGAUCAGAAACUGAUAUUUUUGAGUCAGCCAUAUGUAUUUUGUUUAAAGGAUUUAAAAUAAAGUGCCGUCAUGUAGCUCUGUGGAAGGGAGCACAUAACCAGCUGUUUGGCAUGACAGGUGACUUAGUAUAUUUGUAAUUGGUUUUAAAACCAAUACACCAUACUUUCUUUCUGCAAACAGCCAUCUUUAUACUUAGGGAAAAAAAUUGUUGGGUUCUAGACUUUUUUAAUAUAAAUUUUGUUGAUAAUGGAAUUAAGUAAGUUUAAGUGUCUAUGUGCAUAUGUUUUUUAUAUAAGUUUUUUCUAUUCAGUUUCACUGAUCCAACUUGCAGUGGGUAAAUACGGCAUAAGUUAAUAACCCUUUUCCCCAAAAUGGUGCUUCGGAUUUGAAAAGGGUCUGAUGGGGAGAAGGAGAACGUAUCAUCCUAGCUUCCUCUCUUAAUAAACCUAGAAAAACGGGUAGUAAACCGUGGAUAGUCAGGAAAACACCCAGCAAGGGACACAGCUGUUAGGAAAGGAAUCCUCCCCACCGCGCCCCCCUCCCCACGCAGACGGAUAGACAGACUCUUUCCUGACUUGUCAUGAGGAUUAGGGGCCUCCGUUGGAUUUGUGUUUCUUGAAGAAUAGCUGGCAGAGUGGUACCAAAGACACGAAUCUCUCCUGGUCUGUAAGGAUACUCUGAUUUGGGGUUUGCAUUUUUCAUAGUUUUCAUUUCCGGUUCCCCCUGGGGUUUUCCAUUAGUGAGUUUUUGUGCAAGGAUCUUAUUUAUGAUGGCUUUUCUCCCCUAGAAAGAUUUUGUGCAAUAUAUUAAAUGGGGACAGAAUUCUAAAUGAUAAAACAAUGGCUGGUUCUAGCUCUGAGUGACAGUCUUAAAGCUAGGUCCCUCCCAUAGUAUCAUCUGUCCUCUGGAAUGACUCUCCUAUCCCUAAAGGGGUUAAGAGAGAGAUCACCUAGAAAUCCCACUGGACACUUGUGGGUUCUUCAGGGUUUGAGUUUCUUCUUCCCCUUGAGCUUCAGAGAGGAGAAUUGGCACGGUUAAAUCUGAACGGUUACCUCACUGCUGAAAACCCAGAGGGACAUGGCACACUCGCUUGUGCGGAAAAGCCUCUAAAUGCAUCCCUUCCUUUCUUUCCUGCUUCAUUGCCUUACAAUUGAAGCAGCCUGUGGUACCAUCACAAUAUGCAGAGACUUCCUCACCUUUCUUAUCUAGGGACCACCCCCACUGCAUUGGUGAGGGUGGGCACUUAUAAAUGCCUGCUAUUGUUAAGCCAUUCCAACCUCUUCCUCUGAAUAGACCAGAUGCCCUUUCACUUAGUUCAGUGCCAGUCCUUUUGCCUUCCCAACCCUGCUGUUAGGCCUGCUGUUCCCUUUGCUCUUGAUUAGGAGAGAUGGAAGGAGAUGAGCUCCCAUUACUGAAUUGGCCUUUGGUUCAUGUUUUCUCCCCAUAUGUAUAUAUGCCAUAUGUGAAUAUGCCAUAUAUAUGUGCCAACAAAUCUAUCUAUGUUGUUCUUUUCAAAUUAGCACGCAGAUAGGAAUUUUGAGUUUCUUCUUCUUUUAGUAACUAGUAUAACAAGCACUGGUAUUUUUGUACAAAAAAGAAAAACAAAACAAGAUUGACUAUUGUGGUCUGCAUGACAUAAACAAACAAAUGGUGAUAUCAAAGCAAUGUAUACCCCAGUGUGUGUUGCCAUAAUUUGCAAUUCAGCUUAACAGCGCACCCAAUCUAUAUUUGCAUUUUGAUAUGAUUUAAGCUCUAUGUACAAAGUUUUGCAUGUAUUUAUAUGGUUCUUAGGAAAAAAAAAAUGCUAUAAACUGUCAAAUCUAAAAUUCAAAUGUGUUGUUCCACUGAGACCAGAAGAAGAAGGGGAGUUUUAAAAGGGAUAAUUUUUUGGAACCAAUAAAGCUUUUUGCUGAUGAACAGAAACCAAUACUGCUGUGCACUGAGAAUAAAAACUCAUGCCCACUUGUAA